CAGGGCGCCGAGGGCGAUCUGGUACGAGCGUCCUGCGCCUCUAUGAUUACGACGACGGGCGAGAGGGAGGCGACGCCAUGUUGGAGGUGGCAGUGGAGACCGGAAGUAGCGGGUGCAGGUUUAUGAUUACAGGUUUGCUGCAUCCUGAUAUUCCCGGCAAGGAUCUGGAUUCUGGAAUCUGAUUAUAACAUUGCGGAGAGGAUCUGAGGGAGGGAGCCCAGCGCUGCCGGCCGGUGCCUGGGGUGGGGAGAUGGCCGCCUCUCUGAUAAGGAGGGGUAUGCGGGCCGGAGGAUUUGGCACUUGGUGUGUCAGGAAGAACGUUUUCUGCAGGAUAUCGCAGCUGUCUGCCAGCCUCGGGCAACAAGGUACGGGAAAGCUGCAGACCAAGAGCGAUGAGGACGGGAGCCGGACCAUCCGAACUACAUCCGCCUCCAAGUCAGAAGAUGACAGUGGUGCGAAGGAGCCGUGCGAGGACACAGUGGAUGUCGUGUUCGUGGACAGGGCCGGCAAGCGGAUUCCUGCAAAAGGGCAAGUCGGGGAAAGCGUUUUAUACCUAGCUCAUCGGUACGACAUUGAGUUGGAAGGAGCCUGUGAGUCGUCCCUCGCCUGCUCCACCUGCCACGUGUUUGUGAGCAGCGAGUUUUUCGAUAAACUUCCAGAGCCGGACGAAAGGGAAGAUGACAUGUUGGAUAUGGCUCCGAUGCUCCAGGAAAACUCCAGACUCGGCUGCCAAAUCAUCCUCACUAAAGAACUGAACGGAGCCGAGUUCACACUUCCUAAAAUAACUAGAAACUUUUACGUAGAUGGUCACGUGCCAAAGCCGCACUAAGGACCAGCGGGGGCAGGUGACGUAUAAUACGUAACAUGACGCACAAGAGGAAAUCCAGCUGCUACGCACAACGGAAAUUGUUUUGUCUAAAUACUCUUAGUUGUUCCGCUUAAGACAAAUUGGAUAAAACGUGUGGACCCAUUAACCGUGUAUAACCAAUGAUGAAUUGUUCCCUAUGCGGACAGCCGCCUGGUAACAGCAUUAGACACAUUCAUAUCCUGUAGUUGUCUGUUCCCCAUCAAUGCGCUGCUAACCCCAGACAAUGAUCGACAUUUUACAGACCUGGAUCUACAGCGCAGAGGAGUGCAUCUACGACAUGAAUUAAUGACACUAAAGAACCAUUGUGGAGGGGAGACAAUUGUCACAUUUAAAUGUUUGAUACUGAAUUGUACAUAUUUAAAAAAAAAAAAAUGUUCCAGGUAACUGGUGUUUAAUAUAAUAACGCAGAAGUUCUACAGGGAGAUCUUAAUGAGUAAAUGCGUUAAAUGUAAAAUGAGCUAUUGAUUCAGAAUAGGAACCAUCUUGUUGUAGCCUGGCAGCGAUGAGUCCGCGCUCAGCUUGUUGCACUAUACUUAUAUGAAGGACACACUCAUUAGUGUUCCUUAUUAUUUACAGAAAGUGGAAGAAGCCGCCGUGUGGCCUUAGCCAAUACUCGGCCAUUAACGUAACAGCUAGUGACGUCACAGACUCAGCCCCUAAGUGUAAGCGGUGUCUGCUUCCCUGUGGAUAUUAGUGCCUCAUGCCUCAGUAAUGCUACUUGGUUUAUUGGUUUUAAUAGACUCCAGUGUCAUAUAUAGUUGCCUUUGCUCUGUCUAUAUUGAAUCAGUGCUAACAGACAUGCUGUAUUCAUAUAUUCAGGCAACAGAGAUUCAUACAUAUAACAUGUUACUGUCAGCCCCUCUCCCACAACUUGCUAACGAGAUAUUGGCCAUUAUUCCAUUCUUGCAUAUUGAAUUCCCACGAUGCAACACUAGGGUCUGGAGUUCAGCUACCUGGCUGUUGCUGAAGUGAUCAGUGGCUCCCCAACCUGGUACGUUUUGGGAGAACAACGGUAAAAACUGCACCUGGUAAUUUAUUCCUUGGGAGAUUUCUGAGGUUACUACCGUGCAAUAGCAAGCGCAUUAUUUUUACAUUUUGGCCACAAGAUGGCGCUGUUUGUUAUCUGUCCAUUGAUUACAUUUUACUUAUUUAAUAAGAAAAAAAAGCAUUGUGAAAUAUGAGGCAGAGUACGGGAGCUGGUGAGACAGUGUCCGCACGUUACAAAAGCACUUUGACCUCAGUAAAUUAAGAAUGAAUAAAACUGAAAGUAAUAAUAGAGAUACUCGUGCAUUGUUCCCUGGGGGAAACAAUCUUCAAAUAAGCUGGAGCCAGGGGUUUUCAGAAAAUGUCAUUAACAUGACACAGAGUAUUUGUCACUGGCACUACUACCCCGCAUUGAUAAGAUUGACGAAGGCGGAUGCUCUGUGUCUGCAGAUGUCAGUAGGAGUUCAAGCGACAGGGCUGCCAUGUAAAGGUAGAUUUACCAUAGCAUCCCUUUAAACCGGAACGCUUAUGGAUUACACAGGUUCUGUGACUGAUUAUAACCAGGUGAAAUGCAGGCUUGAAGUCUGACAACCGCAGAACAUGUAUAAUUGAUUAGUGUCCCGGUUUAUAGUAUGGUAGGCAUAUGUAGUUAGUUUUUCAGAAGUUCAUUCUCCUUUUAAAGGAGCCUUAUUUGAAUAUUUUUCCCAGAGAGCAUUGCCUGGAAGCCGCCUUACAGUUCUAGUGAGGUUGUUGAGCAACACAGACUGGCAGGAUGUGACCACUGCUGGUCAGAUGGAACCUGGCUGUGUAAUGCUGUAUCCUCUACAUCAGUAGUUCUCAAACUCUGUCCUCAGGACCCCACACGGUUCACGUUUUCCCAUGUCACCCAGCAGCUGCACUGUGUAUCACCAACUGUCACAUUUCAAAAAUCUACAGGUGACCUGCAAAACAUGAACCGUGUGGGGUCCUGAGGACUGAGUUUGAGAACCUGUGCUCUACAUACAUCCAUUAAGCUGACCGAAACGUGGAUCCAGUAAUGCGUCCAGGUGCCACAUUUUCCACAACACAACUUAAUCAAAGGUAACCGUCAUGUAUACAAUCUCGUGGCUAAUACAGACAUUUUUAGGACUUACCGCAACACCUGGCUAGUACAUUUGGCACCAUGACCCGUUUUAUUAACAUAAUAUUGUUUUACUCUAUUUGGGGUAAGAACCUUUGGGGAGAUGAGAACGCAUAGCAUUGCUCAGUCACACUGUUUUUGGCACAUAGGACAGAACUAGUAAUAGCUCUUGCGUAGCCAACAAUUGCCACCUGGCCUCCGUGUGUAUUUCAUUAAAUAUGGGGGUUUUCUUCAUUAAAUAUGUUCCGCAGGUCAGACAGGGCGGCCAUUAUUAGAUAUGGCUGACAGCGUAGUGUGUGAUAGAUGUAUUAAUGUCCCAAACUUGAUCCCCAGAGCACUCUAAAGCUAGGUACACACUAUACAAUUAUCUGGCAGAUAAUCUGCCAGAUCUAGCUGGUUCGAAUGAAAGUCUGGUAAUGGAUGACAGCAAAUUACAAUCUACCAUUUGCUCCCAAACACUGGAAAAUGAACAAACCCUGUCGUUCAUACAAACUGGUUAAACACAAAUUUAACCAACUUGAAUGAACGACUGUUGUUGUCCGUUUUGCAGUGUUUGGGAGCAAAUGGUCGAUUGUCAUUUGCUCUCAUCCAUUACCAAAUUUUCUUUCCAACCAGCUAGAUCUGACAGAUAAUUGUAUAGUGUGUACCUAGCAUAACAGUGCAGGUUUUAAGGAUAUCCAUGCUUAAUUACUAAAUAAGUUUGAGUAUACCAUCUGCGCACAAGCACGGAUAUACUUAAAACCUGGAUUGUUAGGGGGCUCUGAGGACUGAGUUUGGGAAACCCUGCCGUAGAGAAUCAAUGUUUUACCUUGGUUAUUAAGUGGCACUUUGGAUAACUUGCUGUGUGUGUGACCUAAACACUUAUACAUUGUCGCUGUUCUGGUCUACCCGCAGUAACACUCAGAUUUGUUACAGCAAGUGUUACAUAGUUUUGUGACUUAGGGCUUUCUUUUUGGGGUUUUUUUUAAAUAGUUAAAUUUUUUGACAUUUAGGAAAGAUAAGAUUACGAUAAAUAAUUUAUUCGAUGAUUAUAUUCAUGGUUGCUUUAUAUGUCCUCAAAUAGGUCAGACUUUGUCAACAACACGUCAUAACUCACCAACAACCUCACAGCAGCUGUCCAGCUCCGCAGCGUCAUUCCUGUAUUCUUGGCAUUAAAGCCCACUCUUACCUGCACUAGAGCCUUUGGGCAGUCAGUGGGUUAAAGUAUGUAAACUUAUUCUGGACGCCAGGAAACCAUUUGUGUCUUUACGUAUUAAUAUGUUACAUUACUUCUAUAUGAAGGGAUUAUUUAGAGUUGAAUAUGACGGGUGUAAUUACCUGUAAUCGGCUGUACCAAAGAUUAGAAUCCCCGCUUUACACCCAAGUGACACCUAUUCCUAGAAACCUAGUGAAACAGGAACAUGUCACAUUGCUGUGUGUGUGCGGUGAGAAAUACUGUUCUGAACUGAUGCCUUUGCUUGUUGGUGCGUUUAGGACGAUUGUAUAGGCCGCUAGACAACGCACAUUAAAUAUUGUCAUGUUUAUAGGUCAAGAUGUUCCUCUGAUAAAUAAAGACGUUUCAUGCUGUA